ACACCAACAUUGAGGUCCGGCCCACCUCAGUCGUGAACUGUCUGUCAGUCAUAUAACGUUGGUGUUUAUGCAGGUGCUAGACGCGGUGGUGCAUUGGUGUAAUAAGAGUCUAAAAUAAAUAUUUAAAGAUGGCUUCAGCUACAGCUACCUAUGGACAGAAGGAGUCCUCAGACCAGAACUUUGACUACAUGUUCAAGAUCCUCAUCAUUGGAAACAGCAGCGUGGGCAAGACCAGCUUUCUGUUCCGCUACGCUGACGACUCCUUCACGCCGGCCUUCGUCAGCACGGUGGGCAUUGACUUCAAGGUGAAGACGAUCUACAGGAAUGACAAGAGGAUCAAGCUACAGAUCUGGGAUACGGCAGGGCAGGAGAGGUACAGGACUAUCACCACCGCUUACUACCGCGGAGCCAUGGGCUUCAUCCUCAUGUAUGACAUCACCAAUGAGGAGUCCUUUAACGCUGUGCAGGACUGGUCGACCCAGAUCAAGACGUACUCGUGGGACAACGCCCAGGUCCUGCUGGUAGGCAACAAGUGUGACAUGGAGGACGAGAGGGUGGUGGCAGCAGACCGGGGCAGGCAGCUCUCUGAACACCUGGGGUUUGAGUUCUUUGAGGCCAGUGCCAAGGACAACAUCAAUGUGAAGCAGACGUUCGAGCGGCUGGUGGACAUCAUCUGCGAAAAGAUGUCUGAGAGCUUGGACACCGCCGACCCUGCCAUCACAGGGGCCAAACAAGGGCCCCAGCUCACCGAGCAACCCGCAGCCCCCCAACAGGACUGUGCAUGCUAAAGCUGAACGACCCCACCAUCAACCCAUCCUCAGGUCCCCUCACCCUCACAACCCCCACUCACCCUUCUCCCCCCGAAUCAACCUGUCACUCCAUAUGGGUGAAUGGGUAAUGUUCACUCUGUUUCUCCCAUUAUCCUCUUGUGUCCUCUGCACCGUUUACUCUGGUUGUCACUAGUUACCACAUCCACAAAGUCAUAAUUAUGGCUAAACCCCGCUUAUUUCUACAAUGUAUAUUCGUAAAAUCUGAUUUUUAACCUAACCUUCACCACACUGCUAACCUUAUGCUUAACCCUAACCUUAAAUUAAGACCAAAAAGCUUCUUUUUUUAUCAUACAUUUUACUAGACAAUUUUGUCUUUGUGGCUGUGGUAACUUGUGACAACUCUACUCUUCUCCUGACUGUGGUCAUGAUGGACUUGAAGGUCUCUAUCCAGAGUCUGUCCCAAAUCCUUAUCAUUGUUUACCUUUUUUUCUCUCAGACUAAUGCUUUUCUGAUAUCAGCCUUUGUUGGGGACUGAUGGGAAUGCCAUAUUAAAGUAUGUGUUGUCAUAAAAAGGUCAAGAAUUUGGAAAAAUAGUGUUGCUAUUGAAGCCUAGCACAUAUAUACUGGUCUUAGUCCCUCCUCUCUGUGUGAAAUAUAAGUAAACAUAUUUCAUUUACAUCAAUCAUUGUUUCGUUUUUUUGUGUAUUAGAAUCCCCAAUUAGCUGCCGCCGACGCAGAGGCUACUCUUCCUGGGGUCCAAACAGGAAACAACAUAGACGGUUUAACAUCCUUCCUCAUUCCAGUCUCGUAUUUUUGUCCAAUCAGCCUUUAUUUUUGUAUACUGGUACCUCUUUCUUUUUUAAAGAUUUUUGUACAUAAAAAAAAAAACUGUAAGGGAAAAACAAACAAAUUAUAGAUGAGUAAAAAAAACACAGAGUCACCUCUUUAUUUAUUUUUGUUUUAAAUGUGUUUGUAAAUAAUGUGCAGUAUAUGAUAUCUAUGGUAUACAUUUGAGAAAAUUGAUUUUUCUUUUAGUAUAAAGAAAAUAUCUAUGAAGAUGUAUCAAAUAUGAGAGUUCAAUGUUGUAGAAUUUCUCUGGAUCCAUUUAUUUAUUGUUUAAUUAAUCUCAUUGUCACCCCCCUUUAGCCCAUUUAGAAUGAACUUCUUAGCUCCUGCUAGCCCCUCAGAUACAUACAAAUACACUCACUAAUAGCAGUUAAGAUGAAUGCUAGUUUGCAUGGAAAGAGGCUGAAGCCACAGAAGCAGAGCAUACUGUAGCUGCAGUGUAUUAGCAUGCAUCGCUCACCAUUUACAUCCGUUUCAAUUAUCUUAUUACAUUUUUUUUGUGAGAAAUAAUGAAUUGCAGUGUGCAUGUUACAUCAGAGGCAAUACUUGCCUCCUUAUGACUUGAAAUAGGCUAAAUGAGACUGUACAAGUGAGAUAAGAUUAAAAAGAGAAAUCAUACUAUCACACAUCCUGUACAAUAACAUAGGUUAAAAAAAUUAAAUAAGCUAUUUUGUAAACUUUUUCAUUUAUGCAUGAAAAAUAUGAAUUACCUUUUGCCUCGUCUUUGAAUUGACAUUCAGUCCAAGGUCUCAUUCCAGGUAAGUUUCCAUCUAAAUGAGAGAAUACAUUACUAAUUGUAUGUGAUCGAAACCACUAUCUCCCUUAAGCCUUUCAUUAUAUUUACGAGUCGACUUUCCUAUGUUGUUGACCAAUGGUUGUUUCAAUGGCCUUUACUAGAGAUCUGAUGAGUGCGAAACAGUCAUACAGAUAGAUCAGUCUUUCAAUCAUCCUCAAUAGAUGAAGAGGUCAAAUUGAUACUUAACUGAGUCCCACCAAAGUUUUGAUGUGGGACGAUAAUGAUAAUUGUGUAACAUUAAUAAUAGAAUAAUACGACUGUAGUAACAAUUACAAUAACAACAGUAUUGGAUCAUCUUGAACUUGAGUACCUUGCAAUUCAGCAUACAUUUUCAACAUCAUUUUGCUCUACCACAUGGCUGAGUUCUCAGUAGUAUCCAGAGAUCCCCCUCUGUAAACUGUCCUCUUUCUAUGAAACAACCUGUAAAUACAUUUUAGUCAUAUACGUUUCAUGCGUGGAUUGUGUUGUAUUGACUCCAGGCUUGAAAAACAAGAAGGAAAAAAAAUCUGUAACUUUCUUUAAGACUAAGCAAUACAAUACAAAUAGCAAUUCUGUAGUUGAUGAUUUAUUUAUGUAUUUGUUUUAAAGGUUUAGUACCUCAGGUUCAUUUGUAAAGUGUGUCGGGUCAGUUUGUCAUCACUGCUAUUUCUAGGUAGUAUAGAACUGAAUCCGUAAAGAUGUUAAAAAUACUUGGAUUAGUGGAUUUAUUGCGUUUGUGGUGAGAUGUUGAAUCAGAGAUGGCACCAAAGUUUUAAAAAAAACAACAACAAACAUUUGACUUGAGUGUACAUUUUGAAAAGUACUGUAAGAGUAUCUUUGAGCUGAUGUUUUUAUUCUGUGCUUAGAAGGCAACCUUGUGUUUCCAACUUUGUGUUUCCAAACCAAACUAAGGUUUACAUAAAGGAAUUUGAAUUUUAGAAAAAGACCCAAAGUGUUGCUUGUUUUUGGAAUUUAUUGAAUCGUUUUAUUAAAAAAAUAUAUAUAUAUUAUGCAUCCACCAAACACUGUUCUACAAAGUACUGUUGACUUGGUUUACAUUGAUUUUUACUUUGUUUUUCAAUUGUGGGAAUACAACAACUAUUAUGCAGUAGUUUAUGUAAUAUAACAAAAAGGGAAUAUGGUGUCAAAAUGUUAAAUCGUGAACAUGACCAAAUCUACUGUACAUGUGGAAUUAAAUGACAAAAAUAAAAGUUUGUGCUGUUACAAUA